AUGAACGUGGCUCCCGGGAUUGAAACGUUGACGAACGACGAGCGUGCUCGGAAUGUCACGGAGUUGCUACAGGUGCUGAUGGAUAUCAACGAUAUCAAUGGUGGGAACAACGAGACCGCAGAGAAAAUGAAAGUUCAUGUGAAGAAUUUUGAGUCAGCGCUGUACGCAAAGUGUUCGUCAAAGAAAGAGUAUUUGGAUUCUAUGCGGGAGAGAGUCACCGCUAUGAAGAACACAAGGGAUAUCAGGAAGAAAUCAAGUAUGAAUACGGCCGCUGCAGCGGCUACUGCGAAGCAACAGGAUAUAGUCCUACAGCAACAACAACAACAGCAACAGCAACAGCAACAGCAACAGCAACAGCAGCAACGGCAAUUCCAAAACAACUUCAACAACGAAAUGCAGGCAGACGGGAUAGGGAAACCCGGGAACAAUGGAAACUUUGUGCCCAACACUGUCAACAUGAACUCCAGGAUGUUCCUGAACCAGCAAGCGCAGGCACGGCAACAGGCUGCGCAGCAGUUGAAGACCAGACAGCAGCAACAACAACAGGAUCAGAGGCAUCAGUUGACUCCGGAACAACAAAUCCUCAUUAACCAGAUGAAGGUGGCCCCAAUCCCAAGAGAGUUGCUGCAAAGGAUUCCAAAGGUCCCCGCAGGUGUUAACACCUGGCAACAGAUUACAGAGCUCGCACAGCAGAAGAGGUUUUCGCCACAGGACAUGCAAAUCGCUAAAGAGGUAUACAAGAUCCACCAGCAACUCCUCUACAAGUCGAAAAUGCAGCAGCAGGCAAGAGCUAGAGCUCAGGUUCAGGCGCAAGCUCAGGUCCAGGCUCAAGCGCAGGCUCAAGUCCAGAACCAAAAUCAGGGUCCACUGCAGUCACAACCUCAGAUGCAAAGUCAACCACAGGCGAUGAAUCAGAAACAGGGACAACAGCAGCGGCCAAUGAAUAGGGACGGACAACAGACGGUCAACGUGUUGAACCAGAUAAGUCAAAUUUUCACCCCAGAGGAGCAAAGGACUUUACUCCACGAGGCAAUGGAAGCUUGCAAGCAGUUCCAAAAGACAAGGUACGGCGCCAACAUGGCUGAUCCAGACAGACAAAGUUUUAUCAGAAAGUAUAUUAAUCAAAAAGCUUUGAAGAAACUUCAAAGCAUGAGGAUGUCUCAGGCGGCAGCUGUGGCUGCCAACAAUGGACCAAUCAGACAGUCUAUACCAGACUCCAGAAAUGCAUCUGCUACUAACGUUGUACCUCCAUCUGCGAGCAACUUCAACAAUUUAAGUGCUUCUGGAACUUCGACUGCUAUGGGCUCACAGGUACCGCAAUUAGUCCCUGCAAGUCAGAUAAAUUCUGCUAAUGUUCCUAACGACAAGACAAAUGCUAACGCAAUACUUCUUGCCCAACAGCAACAGCAGCAGACUCCUCAGCCUCAGAAGCCGGCAGAUGCAGUUAGACAGCAGAAAGCCAAUUCGAAGCCUCUGCUACAUUAUCUGCAGCCUACGCAGAGAGAUUUGGAGACCGUCAGAAAGAUAUCUGCCGAGGCAACUAAGAUUUCGUUACGGCUGACUGAUCUAACAAACGCGAUUUCCGCGCAAGAGAAAGAGGAGAUCAAGAGGAAACUGCAGUUGAACCAGCAGCUUUUUGCUCAGGUCAGCAAUUACGCUCCUCAGGUUUACGUUUUCACCAAAAGUGAAGUGUUUUUGAAGGAGGUAUUGCAGUUGAGGAUAUUCGUCAAGGAGAUAUUAGAGAAGUGUGCAAAGGGGAUAUACGUCGUCAAACUGGACACCGUAGACAAACUGGUAAUGAAGUAUCAGAAAUACUGGGAAAGCAUGAAACUCCAGCUUUUGAGAAGACAACAGCUGAUCCAACAACAGCAGACACAACCUGGUGGAACACCACAACAGAUUGAGCGUAGUAAUAAUGGCACUGCUGGCGCCCCCGAUAACGCCAUGAUGCAGCAAAAACGUCUACAGCAGAUACAACAACAGAUGCAAAAUAAGCAACAGUGGCAAUUACAGCAGCAGCAGCAGCAACAGCAAAAUAUGGCCGCGAUGAACAUGAAUGCGUUUUCGCCACCUGCUUCGACGAAUGCACCCAAGUCUCAGAAUAAUAUGCCGCAGUUUAACGCUGGUCAGCUCAGUGGUAACGCCCCAGACAUGAAGAAAAGGAAAACAUCCGCUACCCCCCAACUGCCUCACGCGGCUCAUGCGACUGCUACUCCAGAUUUCCACACGAUAUCGCCUAUGGCUGUCGGUCAGACAGGAACUUCUCCCGUUAAGGAUGCAACUGGACUGCACCAACGGUCGAAAUCUUCGAGCAAGAAACUUUCUCCAAUGAAUCUAAAUAAUGGGGUUUCGCUGAAUGCAAACGCACUUGCCAGCGGCAACAAGGCUGCUACUCCUACGAGUUUGAACAACGUGGGACCUUCUCCAAGUUUGGUGGGACGUACCGGUACGAUACCGCAACACUCGCCAACACCUUCUCAAAGCAACGCUGCAACUGGUGUUUCUGCUGUGGCACCGUCGCCGUUCAAGAAAGAGGAGGACAUGUUGGAGUCGCUAAAUGUGCGGAAGGCUGAGGUCGUUUCUCGUUUCAAGCAUCGCCAGGAGCUUUUCCAAAACUCUCCAAUAGACACGUUUCUAUCGACUUUGGCGGACACGUUCGGCAUCAAGGAUGAGUCUAUGGACCCGCCCGUUGUCAAGUUCUCGCAACAGGUCAUUGACCAAGUUAACGGUACAGGGAGGAAGAAGAUUACUAAAGCCGCGCAAAGAGUGCGGGACAAGGAUGUAGUCGACGUGGAGAUCAAUGAUAGCAACAAGCUUAUAAUGAGGAGUAAAGUGGCCAAAGAGGGCAGGAGUUAUGGGAUUAAGCUAUCUUCUAUCUCUGAUGUGUUUGGGCAAGCCACGGGUAUCCAUGACUACGAUAUGUGCGUUGGUUUGAUGACAGAUUUUGAUAAGACAGGUUCAGGGAUUGGGAGGAAGAGGAAAAUGGACGAUAGUAUGCUUGGAGAUGAGGUAUCACCGUCUACUGGUUCUCUUAUGGGGGAUUCUAAACGGGUUAAAAUAGAUUCACCUGAUGACAUGUUCGUUGAUGAUCAUAUUAAGAUGAACGGUCCCCGCAAUAUGAACACUGGGGGCACAACGAAUGCGGACAAGUCCGCUAAUAUUUGGAACUGGGGGUUCUGGACUCCUGAGAUGGGAGCUGUUGAGAACGCAUAA